AUGGGUAAGGUUCUUAUGGUCCUCUAUGACGGCGGCGAGCAUGCCAAACAACAGCCCGGUCUCCUCGGAACCACCGAGAAUGAGCUGGGUAUCCGCAAGUGGCUCGAGGAUCAGGGUCAUACCGUGGUGACCACCUCCGACAAGGACAGCGAGGACUCUGUUUUCGACCGCGAACUCGUCGACGCCGAAGUCAUCAUCACCACUCCCUUCCACCCCGGUUACCUUACCGCUGAGCGUCUGUCCAAGGCCAAGAAGCUCAAGCUCGCUGUUACUGCUGGUAUCGGAUCGGACCACGUCGACCUGAACGCUGCUAACAAGACUAAUGGUGGUGUCACUGUUGCCGAAGUCACUGGCUCCAACGUCGUCUCCGUCGCCGAGCAUGUUGUCAUGACCAUCCUCCUCCUGGUCCGCAACUUUGUCCCUUCGCACGACCAGAUCCGCAACGGUGACUGGAACGUCGCUGCUGUUGCCAAGAACGAGUACGACCUUGAGAACAAGGUUGUCGGCACAGUCGGUGUUGGCCGUAUCGGUGAGCGUGUGCUCCGCCGUCUCAAGCCCUUUGACUGCAAGGAGCUCCUGUACUACGACUACCAGCCUCUGAGCGCCGAGGUCGAGAAGGAGAUUGGUGCCCGCCGCGUUGAGAGCCUCGAGGAGCUUGUCGCCCAGUGUGAUGUUGUCACCAUCAACUGCCCUCUGCACGAAAAGACCCGUGGUCUGUUCAACAAGGAGCUCAUCUCCAAAAUGAAGCCUGGUGCUUGGCUCGUUAACACCGCCCGUGGUGCUAUCGUCGUCAAGGAGGACGUUGCCGAGGCCCUCAAGUCUGGCCACCUCCGCGGCUACGGUGGUGACGUCUGGUUCCCCCAACCCGCCCCCAAGGACCACCCGCUCCGCUACGCCGAGCACCCCUGGGGCGGUGGUAACGCUACGGUUCCUCACAUGUCCGGUACCUCCAUCGACGCCCAGAUCCGUUACGCCAACGGUACCAAGGCCAUUCUGGACAGCUACUUCUCCGGCCGUCACGACUACAAGCCCGAAGACCUGAUCGUCAAGGACGGUGACUAUGUCACCAAGGCCUACGGUCAGCGCAACAAGAAAUAA